UAAUGUGCAGAAUACGGUUUCGAAAGGGAGCAGGACCGCAACAGAGCAGUGCACGCAGCAAGAUUGUCAAGAUGGAUGCUCGGUGCCGUCGGUGCGGAGUAUGGAUUUUGCCGCGUGAUUCGUAAACCGGAGGGUUCCCGUUGUUGUUCAGUGAGCGAGAGAAUUGCGCGCCGGGGAAGUAUCAUCGUUUUUCACGGGUGUUCCAAGGUGUUCCAUGGUGUCUCGGUAUGCAGCGUUAAGUAAACGGAGUGGUUUCGCAUAGUGAUGAGAAGAACGGCUAAAACCAGUGCGGUAGCAGCGGCCUUCUACAAUGGUGGAUAACAAUUGUAUCAUCGAGGGAAACGUCAAAUUUCGCGACGGCAAAAAGUGGAAAUCAAGAUGGUGUGUUAUGAGGAAGUUGUCACCAGUCGCAGAUUGUCUUCAUUUGCAAUUAUAUGGAGAUAGCAAGGAUCGAUAUAAGCAAGGCCAAACGAAAGCUUCUUUAAGCUUGCAACAUUUUCUUGGCGUCGAGAGCGGUUUCACUCUCGAUAAGGAAUCGAAUACGAUAGCUAUAAUAUGUCAGGAUGUAACAGUUGUCUUGGCCUUCGACACUAGAGAACGGUUGAUACAAUGGCAAGUGAAGAUCUCCAACAAUUUAGGCGAAGAUCAACAGUUCCUUAUACUGAUCUCCUCGGUCCCGUCAAAGGCGAAGGUCACAAAUGGCCCGGCACACUUGCACAUACAGGACCGUCGUUUCUGCAUCACGGUAGGUAUACCGCCGAGAUUAGUCGGCAUUUGGGAGAUCGCGCAUCUCCGACGUUACGGCGUUGUGGAAGGACGAUUCUGCUUCGAGGGCGGCUCGAGCUGCGGCCGGGGGGAGGGUCUUCACGUCCUGAUAACGGAUCAAGGCGAAGACAUCGUGAAGAUGCUGCAGUUAGCGGCGGAAGGGAAACUGACGAAAAAACGACCGCUUAGCAGGGAGCAGAUAGCGCAGGAUAGCCCGCGUCGUCAGUUCUCCCGAUCGGAAACGAGGGCCAGCGAUUUCUUCCCUUCGGCUGUUUACUCGUCCACGUACGAAGAGCAGUGCGACAGCUGCAAGAACGAGAGCUCGCCCUAUUGGUCGUCCGCGGAGAGCCGGCAGCAAGCCGAGUUCGACAGGGAUUACAGUAGCAGGGACACGGUAUCCGUCUCGGAAUUGCCCGAUCAGCCGGGGGAAUGGCGCAGCUGUUCGCUCACUCGUCAAGGUACGCCCGCUCUCGAACGAUGCGCUAGCUGCAUAAGUAAACUGGGCACCGUGUCGAAAUCUUCUACGCUCGCUACGACGACCGGCAGUAUAAGCAGCCCUGCGGGGACGAUGAAUAAUAUAGGCUGCCACUUGCAACCGCGAACUCUCGACCGGCUGUCCUUGUCCUCGUACAGUAGCAGCAGCCACGACAGCGACUAUUCCAGCUCACAACAGGUGGCGGAGUGUCAAUGCUCGAAGAAUUCGCAGCAGCAAUCGAGCGUACAACGCGCAUCGCCGAGUCCCAGCUCGCUGCCGCCACGACCACCGAAACCGUCCCAAACCACUGCCACGAAGAAGCUUAAGAAACCGCCUAUGCCACUGCCCACGGAACAAGCGUGCGUGCACUCGCGCAAGCAGUUGAUCGCGAGGAACACGACCGUCGUCGCGGGCCCGUACGAGAAUUACGACGUGCCCAAGUCGAUCUUGGGCCACCACAUGCUGAUGGAACAGAGUUCGCAACCCGAUCAGUAUUACGACACGCCAAGGAAGAUCAAAGAAUGCCUGGCACUGCCAAAAACGACCUAUCCUAAUUACGACACACCGCAAGCGCCUCAAGCGGUGGUGUUGCAGCAAUGCGGCUGUCCGGCCAAGCUCACCGUUCAGUCUCCCAGGUCUUCUGCAUGUCCUUGUCAAAAUAUGAUGAGCUGGGCCGGUUUCGUGUUGCCAUACUGUAGGCGAGGGGCAGGCAUCGAGCCGACCGGAGUCGCCGUGCACCCUGUUAAACUUUCCGGAGAAGGAAAAAUGCCCGUCGUGAACGCUAGCGGCGAGGUAGCAAUUUACGCGACAGCGCGACGGAUAACUGCGUCAGAGAACGUCGAAGACAAGAAUAAAGACAGUUGUGAAUGCCCGGAGAAUCGAAGUAACAAUUACGAGAACGUUGAACCUGUUAUCGAUACGCAACCCGAGCCCAAAGCUAAUUACGCGAACAUAGAUUUUACCCAAUCCUUGGAACAUUAUGAGAAUAGUAAAGACCUGUUGGCGAAGAGUGGAAUAUCGCAGGAGGAGAUAGAAAAAUUUUCCGACCAGAUAAAGGAUGACACUAUCGAGCCGGUCGCAGAAGAUUCGUCCAAGAUUUGCCAGAAAUGCGGUCACGUUAAGGACCGGGAGAACGAUUAUUUGGUCAUGGAUCCCGAGAAGCAAACGCCAAAGAAACCUUUCCCCAGUUAUUUACCGAUGCAGCCGGUGCACAAUGCCUGUUCAAAGGAGAUCUUGUCCCGAAUCUGCAGUGGUAUAAAGAGUUCUAGCAAUCCUUCGCUGUCCGCUUCCGCGUUGUCCGAGAGCAAAAAGAGAUCCGAUUCGGAGUUUCGCGUCCCCGGCUCGGCGAUGCUGUCCAGUCCGUAUCUUAGACGCCGUUAUCUGAAUGGAAAUAACGGAACAGAAUCCAAUGGAAAUAUUAGUAUGUUACUGAGAAAACGAUCGUACUCGGCAGAAUCUGCUCAUUAUUUAGAUGACGAAAAUCACACGUUCCCGUCGACGUUGACGAUCCACAAAUGCUCCAGCGAAGCGGACAAAGCAUCUCUAGUAAGAGAAGCUUCACCGUGCGUUAAUUCGGAGAUUAAAAUGAACCCGGAAAACGGGCAGAUAUCGGUAACGCCGCAACCGUCGUUUAUAAAGAUUCGACGCUCCUCUUCCGUUCCAUCUAAAACCGGUCAUAAUCGAGAUUCAUCGAGCAGCAAUGAUUCAGGCGUUUCCACCGGAUCUCUCAGUCACAGGACUGCAGAAUUCGUUGAAUUCGAACUGUCGCUAGCUCCAUCGACGUCGAGGAAGCAGAACGUCCUGUCCGUGUACAGAAAGAGUCCGCCGCCCACGUGUUAUCACAGCAGUUUGCCGAGGAAGUCCAAAUCCAGCGACCCGCUUCGGGAAUUGUCGUUCCAGUUUCAGAAGAUCAAGAUCCCUACGAAAUCUUCUUCGGCGGAAGCUGAUAUUCCGACAUGUCUACCGAAAACUACAAAAGGGUUCAACAGUCCGGGAGAGGUGUCCAGCACUCCUUACAUCGACUCGCGAAGCACGAGCAGCGGUACGUCCGACAUGUCCGAUUAUAUUGAGACGUUGUCGCUGUCAUCCCACUCGUCAUCCGAUACACCAGACAGUUUGAGACUGGGUGGCAGAACGGUGGCAACGACGCUGCGUCCCCGGAGCGGGAAAGAGUAUUACAAGAUUGACAGAAGUAUUCUUGUUGAGCAAGGAAGAACGUUGACGACACCAUCCGCCAAUUACGCGAAUAUAACGCCGGUGCUCGAGAAAAGCGAGUCCCCCUCGCCCGGGUACAUGAGCAGCUCGCCCUUUGAGCAGCCACAGCCCACUCGUGAACACUUUUUGUUUCCCGAUGAAGCUUGAACAGGUCGCAUUGUUUGGGAAGAGAGCGGAAAACUUGAAGUUCCUACGGAUUCCAAACAAAAUCGAUAAGAGGUAAUCAUGCUAGAUAUUAUUAACCAGGGCAUCGUGACUGUUUACACUAUACGCGGGUAUCUAGCACUUGUUCAUCUUAAAACAGUGCGCGACUUGGAACUGUAAGGUCCAAAGAUCGGUAACCAUAGAACGGACAAUGGAUCAUCGUAUUUAGAACAGCUAUCUUUCAGCUUUCUUUAAAUCUUUUCACGUCUUCUUACAAAACGAACCCGCACAAUCAAAAGAACAUAACAAUUUUAUAUAGAGAGGAAGGUUUUCCGUAAACGGAAUCUAGGUUCUAGCGUAUAGUCGAAAUGAAGUCAAUUUAAUCGAGAACACUUCCUACAACGACUCAAACAAUUUCUAAAACGUGCUCAAUAAGAAACUGUAAUAGUUUGUAUAGUAAGAAAUCCUGCCCUAAGAUAAAAAGAAGUGUGUGCAUCGUAUACUUUGUAUGGGUAUAUCGUUUUUUGGAUGUUUUAUUUUAUAUGAGUAUACUUCUAUGAUAGGGUAUUGUACUGCCGGUAAAAGCAAAACGACCCAAGCGGUUAAACGGCUUCGGGUUUAUAUACUAGUUAACACCAUCGAUUCGCAUUCUAAAAUAUACAACCAAAAAUGUAAGAGACAAUGAAAAGAGAUUGACAAAAUGAUACGGAUGAAAGCAGAUGCAAUGAAAGUAGUCAGUUGCAUAUAGCGUCUCACAGGGUUUUUCAAAUCUUACCUAAUUAUUUUCUAAAGACUAAGAUAGCGUUUAUAGCCGUCGAAUGGUCUUCUCUUUAAACAAGAAUUUAUAUGAAAGGUCGGUGGACGUCGUAGAGUCUCUGGGCAAUCAACGAUGGCACUAUGUAUAGAUUAUAAAACGAGAUACAUAACUUUAAAUAAGUCCUAAGGAUACCGCGAACGUUUAUAAACGCCCGAAGUUAUUUUCAUUCAAUUUCUACGGUCUGUGGGCAGGCCUUUUAUCGGUAAUCUUUCAAUACGAUCCUACAUUCGCGUCAUCACUUUCCUAUUAGAUUUAUCUUGUAGCUGUUACGCAACGAAUUAGUUGUUAGCCCUAAUUGCAAUAUUACUUUCCCUUAUUUACUUUUCAAGUAAUCGUAGAAAACGUACUUAAGAUAUUUUUUACUCGUACUUAACGUAUUUUCUAUUCGUACUUAACAUACACGAACGUAUAUCGUCUGUGGAAUUCUUUACCAAAAACGGGCAACAAAAAUGAGACAAAGAAUAUUUAUUUUUACUUCGACGGUGCAGGAUCUUUUCGAUAAUAAAACAUAUUUAUAAAGUAGUCGGUUAAGCGAGGGAGUACGACGCGUCGAAAGUUGGGCCUAUUUUAAUUCUGCGCAGCUUCGAACUUUCUUUGAUCGUCGUCGAGAAUUAACGAACUACGCGAGCUGGGACCGCGAGUCUUCUGUGCAUUCAUAAUUUCGAAACGAUUAAGUACUUAAAAAAAAAAGAGAAAGAGAGACGCGAGCACUGAGAAUAAUCGAGUUCUGGUAACGCGCUGGUCGAUAUAUGAUAUUAUGUAUGUACAUGCAACGUGCAGUGAUACUGAACGCAAUAAUAGGAAUGAUAGGAGUUAUAAGAAUGGAAAAAAGAGAAGGGAAAGAAUCGAUAUCGGACGUUUUCGCAUUGAGAUAUUGUUAAAGCGGAUUAUUCUCUGUUUCAAUGUACAUGUUAUGCUCUACGGAGCGGAUAAUCAAAUCAGUAUUCAGAAUCAAAAAGAUCAGCGGUAACGAGCGCUUUGCCGUGCAUAUUAGGGGUUCAUUGAACAAUGUAAAGUUAACCGGGAAUCACGAUUAAUCGUGAGGGAUAUAUACAUGUUUCCUACCCUCGCGCAAGGAAUUGUUUUCAACAGAACUCUGUAAUGUACAAUUAUAACUCCGCGCCCGUUCCUUCGAGUCCCAAUACACGUUCUCGUCUGUCGUUAUCUUUUCCGUUGCGUGAAAAGCGAAUCUGAAUUUCUGAAUGUUUGAAAUUCAAAUCUGCCUUCGCCGAUGCAUUGAAAAGAAGUAUCAGGUUCUUCUGAUCCAUUCCAAGCAAUAUCGCAUUUACCCGUAGCAAUGCUUAUCUUUUUCUAUCACGCCGCGAGUUUUCAGAGAGCGGACCGAGCAAGAUGUAAUAUAAACAGUUUACGGUACUUACAAUUUGACUCUGUAACGAGUCGUAAAAGUAUUAAAGUAGUAUUAAUCACAAGACUGAACAAGAGAACGGAAUAAUAGUUGCUGUGUGGUUAAAUCGUAGAAGAUAUCUAAAGAAGCUAGAUUUAUAUAGAAUCUUUUUUUCUCCGAUCAAUCCCUUUCUCUAAUAUUAUUUUCCGCAUCCCGUGCGUCGAACGCGUGUUCCGUGUCUUCUAUAGAGCAUAGUUCUAUAUGAUGAAACGUUGAAACGAAGAAUUCUUUGUUUGGCAAAACUUUAGGAGCCAAGCCACUGUCCAAACUCUACGAAUUUCGUAUGCUUAAGGGAAUCUCGUACUCUCCCGUGAGGACACGAACGAUAAUUAAUCAACACCGUACGAGUUAUAAUAUUAAAUCAAGAUUAAUCUCCGAGAGUGGAACGGAAACUUUUCUAUUUCUCUGUCGACGAGAAAGGUAUAAUCUUUAAGAUAAAAAAAACAAGAAGCCGACAUUGUACCCCAUAAGUUUUCAAGUAAAUAUAUUGUAUAACGUUAAGGAGUAGUAAUAGAGUUGCGUGAGAAUGACCGACGUGUUUUUACGCAACUCUAUUAUAUUAUUAUUAUUAUUAUUAUUAUUAUUAUUAUUAUUAUUAUUAUUAUUAUUAUUAUUAUUAUUAUUAUUAUAAAUCGCACGACGAUUCCCAGUCGGCUGAUCUUAAUCUGUCUUAAGAAGUUUAAUGAUAAUUAAGAUUGCGUUCAUCGAUUCUAGAGUAGCUGCGUAGUAGAUUGAUUGGGAGUCGAUUCUAUAAACACAUGCUAGUCAAAGUUAAGUACUAUCAUAGCGGAUAAUAUAUUUUUACUGUAAAAGGGACUAUCUUGCGAGUCAGGUCGGAAGCUGGACACGCGCGCCCCGUACAGAAGGAGAUAAUUAUUUAAGCGACGCUAUAUAUUUAACGUAGAUUCGUCUCUCUCUUAGAAUUCUUUUAAUUAGAUUGACUUGCAACGUACGAUGCAAAUAAGGCUUCUCGUUGUAUCACAGUUAUUGCAUUCUAAUAAGAUUUUUAAUCAGAUAAGCGAUACUUACAGAUGUAGCUUCUAGUCAACCGAACUCGAGCCUCGUACGUUGCAAUUCAACGGAUCUCAAAUGGGCUGGUGCUCAUGGAAAUGUCGCACUCUUUCUACAGCUUUUACUUCGUCUUAUCGUCCACUAUUAUUAAUCGACUUGAAAAUGAAAUAAUUUGAUGUCGAUGAGAUUUAUAUUAAGGUAGAAGUUCAGUAAAACACUUUUCUUACGAUUUUGUUCUAAGUUUAAUCAAUUGUUAGUAACAACAUUAUCUACCAGUAGAUAAAAUUUUAAGAAGUCUAGCCGUACAGUUUAGGAGAUAUCAAUUAGUAAAGUUUUGGUAUUUUACCCGAGAUUCCUAUGUUAGGUGAAGUUUAAAGCAAUGUUUUGAUGUAUUACAGCUAAACGCGUCUUACUAUUUUUUUUCGAUAAACUAAUAUGUUAUAAAAGACGUUGAUAUUGAAUUAUAUUUAAAAAAUGAAAUAUCUCAGCGGUGUCGAAUUAGGUACUUGUAAAGUGCAGAAUUUUGUAUGAAUUUCUAGCAAAAGACACGUGAGCGAAAUGAUAGUAUGUAGAUCUGGCAACAUUAAACUCGAAGAAUAUCAGCUCUGCUGUGUGUUGAGAGAGUGCGAGAAGAACGUUACAGGGUACAAACUUUUGAGUAGGAACGUAGCUAAACUACUACCUUAAACGUAUUUUACCAGGUUCACUGCCAUUUGUUUCUGGUAAUUGAAAUUCAAUUCAAGAAGUUUUGUAUGAAGCGUGCGACACGAGAUCUCAUACGCGCCAGCCUGAUACGUUCUAAAAAAACGAAAUCGCGAAUCCCUCCAGGCACUCGAACGAGCUUGAAACGAAGUUACGGAAUUGCUGGAAGUCGGCGCGACGCUUGGCAGCCUCCGAGCCUCUCGAACAACCAUAUCUAAAAGUUUACUAACGAUAUACUGAUAAUAGCGAAGUAACGUUCUCGAGGGUAUUAUUAUACGACUGCUCUGUUCAUAAUUAUUUCUGUACAUAUAGUAAUCGGUGUGUGGCAUUAGCGUAACCGAGAUUUACUUUAUUUUGUGAUCCGAGGAAAUGAUGAUACUUUUACUUGUAUAUACAUUGAGCAAGGAUUCGAGGGAAAUUCUGGUGUGAUGAAAUGCGCUCGAAGCAAUUACCACAUUUCAAUUGAUUUCACGAUACACCCUCGUCGUACAUUCAACAGCGCAAUAAUUGAUCCAGAGGGACGGAUAAAAAAGAGAGAGAUAGAGAUAGAGAGAGAGAGAGAGAGAGUUUAAUGGCGAGGGAUUAUCUAUGCAAUCCGAAACGCUUUAGUACUCACAUAUACAUAUUGUAACAUACAAAACCGAAAAGGACAGGAGGGAUAGACCGGCGAAAUUUGUACUCUCAAUUCAAGUCCCGUUUCUUAUUUCACGUAUAGGUAUACGCAUGAGAGUAAAUCGUUGUUCGCCGUGGUCGAUGCCAGCAGCCCCCGAGUUGAACGAAAGUGCUUUCGAUUGCACGCGAUCGUAGCAAUUACGGGUAAAAGCGGGGGGAAGCACAAUCGAGAGGGAUGCCGCGUCUUUCCGCGCUCUUUAACUCUUAAUGCGUCUCGUUUCUUCUUCUCCCAGUAUCGGUCCGAUCGUUCGGAUAAAAAGGAGCAACGCUUUAACUCCAUGAACCGCUAAUGGCUGUUCGAUUUCUCAAGUACCAUUCUACUUAUUUCCAGAGCAAAGUAAAAUAGUCUCGCUGUAUUCAAACGUUUACGAGCGAGACAUCAAUCUUUCGAAAACUUCGUUUUUGCUGUAGGUAAACUUGAACAGCGAAUAUAAAGCAUUAAGCGCAGCCCGGUUGGCAUCGAUCCACGAUGAACGUCCCAUCCUUAUUCAGUUAUUGCUCACGCGAACAGAAUCGCGUUCAUUCACACGGGGAGAAGCGCCGGGUGAUAAGGGCAUACAUAAAAGUGCAAGUGGAAAAAAAGGGGAAAUUGAAAUCCGUUUACUUUGUCGAUCCCUGUUCUCGACGGGAAGAUAUGUAUUCUAGGGAUUCACGGGAAAAAUAUUUCUAUCGAAUUUUAUACAGACUCGAUAUAAAGAGAUCUGGUGUUUCGGUGAAUUAAUGGGAAGAGGAAAGGCAGUAUUUGAACGUUUGUCAAAUUUUGAAAAAUCAAACAGGAGCUUACGAGACUCACGUUUGGAACGCAUUUCAUCGGGUGGAGAAUGGAAGAUGGACUUACCUUUUUUGAAGUUUUUUAUAAUCAUCGUAAGCGGGAGAGAGUGUGAGGGAGAGAGUGGACGUGUUCGAAAUCAUUAUUACGUACUUCGUAAGUAAAUUAUAGAAGAACUCAUACACAGUUUGUAGCGACUCGAGUCACUGAUUUAUUAAGGAAGUAGAAGAAAUAAAAAGAUUGAAAAUCA